CUCGGCUCAGCCAAUCACAGCGCCCAGGCAACGCCGUGGCAACCGCCGGUAAACAAGAUGGCAGCGGGGCGCUGAGAGCGGGCGUGCUGCCAGUGACACAAUCUACCAAGAGCUGAGGGAUUUCCACCCAGCACCGACCAAAGGUACAGCUCCUACUGACAUGGAGCUCAUGUCAUCCAUGAUGCAAAAAAUCAGUCUGUUGGAACGAAAAAUAGAUAAACAAGCACAAGAAAUCCAACUAAAGGACAGGAAGAUUGCUGAGCUUGAGGAGAAGAUGAAGACUCUUCAGGAGGGAGAAGAUGCUCCUGACUCAUCCACAGUAGAGGAUCUGGAAAUGAGGUGCCUUCAGCUGCAGACCCAGGUCUGGGAGAUGGAGCAGUUUCUAAAUGACUAUGGUCUGAUUUGGGUUGGAGACAGACAUGAAGAGCUGGAAGACUUAGAGUCACUCAGAGAUCACGUGCUGCCAGCAAAGAGGCUCUGGAAGCCAGGUGAGGCGGUCAUUUCCAAAUACCAGAUUGAUUUUGAUUUAAUCUUGGAAAAUGUGAAGGGUUUGAAUGUGCUGGCUGGAGACAGCGUCUCUCGCAUUGAGCACACACCUGGGGGUGCUCGGCUGAGGCAGCCAGAACCCCUCCCUCUGACGCUGUAUCAGAACGGGAUCGUCAUGUUCGACGGACACUUUUGCUCCUAUGAGGAACUGCCCGCUCAGCAAUGCCUGCAGGAUAUUAUGGAUGGUUAUUUCCCUUCAGAGUUGCAGGCACGCUACCCUGAUGGUGUUCCUCUGCAGGUCACUGACAAAAGAGAUGUGGUAUUUCAGGAGAGAGACCUUCCUGGGAGUUUUCCUGGCCGUGGCCAAGUUGUUGGGCAUUCAAAACUAACCAAGGUGGAGGAACCCACCGAGAUCCCAGGUCCUAAACCCUCUUUGGAGCAGUUUUUGAACAAAUACUCUAAGUCCUCGAUGCACAGAGAAGCGAUGGCUGCCCGAGACACAGUCAGAGCAAUGCAGCAGGGCUCUGAUGGGGUGCGGAGCAGCAAAGAGAUCGUGGUGCAGACACCCGGGCUGCCUGCCCCCCAGAGGUUAGAGACAACUGAAGAGGCUGAAGCUUCUACCCCUGAAGUUUGCACUCUCCGCAUCAAAUCUGAGAGCGGGGAGCAGAUGUAUGUCGUAAAGAUGCUGUUCUCAGAGACAAUAGGGGACCUGCGCCAACACCUUGCCCGUGUCAGGGGUGGAGAUUCCGACUCAUAUGAGAUCAUCAGUACCUUUCCCCAGAGGGUGUACGCGGACAACUCCAGGAGCCUGCAGGAAUGCGGGCUGAUCCCCAGUGCCUCCUUGCUGCUGCGGAGAAGAGACCCCUUCCCACUAGAGGAGACAGGGCUGCAAACAGCAUAGCAGCUCCUUUGCAGGAGGAAGGACCUGCCUUGCACCGUUAGCUGAGUUACAACAUCCCCAGCUGGGAAGAGAGCAGAGUCAUCUUUCCAGAUCUAGUUUCAUUGCACUGUUACCCGGGUUGGAGAGGAAGGCUCCUUCUUCGGUCUCUCCCUUUAGCAGAGUGCCAAGUGCCCGCCCCAGUGUCCUGCUGCCCCCUGGGUGGAUGUUCUUCCCCAGGGCAGGUGGGCUGCUAUCACAGGGAUUUCUGUUAGCUCAAAGCACAGGCCUGGUUUCUCACCUCUGCUGGAGGUUUUAUCGGCUGAUCUCUGCUCAGGGAAGGCCGCCAGCUUUGCACUGGUACCAGGGCAGUCGCUUAGCUGGACUCAGGGAUUCUCUACACACAGCUGUUGCCCAGACAUUUCAACUGCAUUUAUACCACAAGAAAAACAGGCUCACUUAUAUGGUCUUGAGCAAUGGCCUUGGGCCGCUGCAAUACUGGGGCUGAGCCAGCCUCCUUCCAGCCAGGAGAUCCUGCUACUGGGUUUCCUGGACGUAAGCAACUCCCUUCCUUGGACAGCCCCCAGCUGCAGAGGGGCCUAGGCUCACAGCCACAUGGAGCCAGCCUGCUGCAGCUUCAAGCUGCUGCCUUUCUCCCUCCCAGCCUGCUGCACUGCUGCAACAGGACACCUGUCAUUGGAGAAGAGCACAGUCCCUUUGCUGCUUCUCUGCUGAACCCUGAGAGUAAAGCAUCUUCCUCUUCUGUAGGCUGGGGCCGCGGUCUGCAGGCCCCUUUCUGCGCAUUCUUCCCAUUUCAGCUCUGACAAGUUCCCACUUGACUCGCAGCUGAUAACACUCCCACGUGUGCAAGGCAGCGCCUUCUGGCUGCUUCCCUUUCAGCAGAAGCCCAACACAUGCUGUCACCCAGCCCUCAUUAAAGGCUUCCGAUAAAAACAU